CCCACCCUCUUUGGAUAUGGGAUAUAGUCUAGAUGCUAUGAAAAAUGGCUAUUGAAGUGGAGCAGAAGUUUUCUGUUUCUACGGACACUAGAGACAAGCUUGUAGCCAUUGGAGCGACAAGAAAGGGCUGCAAAUCAUUUACCGACAUUUACUAUGACACUGGUGAUCACUCACUCACUUUUCAGGACUUCUGGCUGAGGAAGCGAGAUGGAUCGUGGCAACUAAAGUCUCCCUUGAAAAGUUACGACUCCAAGCCUCUCACAGACAAGUACAAGGAGACAGAGACUGAAGAUGAAAUACUGGAAAUGUUGAGAGAGUGUGGAAUACUUUCAGAAGGGGACUGCUUGUUAGAACAGCUGCUCGACGCAAACACGCUUGUAGCCAUUGCUGAGUUGACAACGAGAAGAGAGACUUGGCUGCUGAGUGGCCCCGAGAUAGAGGGACUGUCCGGUGGUAACGUUGUGUUGGACAGUACUAACGAGGGCUACGAGAUCGGAGAGGUGGAAGUGAUGGUGGACACACCCACGUUUGCCAGCAAAGCAGAGGAAUUUGUCAAAGAUUUGGCUACAAAAAUCGGAAAUACGUCGGUAGCUGUUCCUGGAGGGAAGCUGUCGUUUCAUCUCUGCAAAGUAAAUCACUCUCUCUGGCAACAACUGAUAGACAGGAAUGUCAUGAGAAGGCCUUGAUGUCUCCUACUUUGUGUAACGUGAGAACAUGUUGUUGAAAUGCACGAAAUUCCACCUCUGAACUCUAGAUCUAACAAACUUUAAGUGCAAUAAUUAUUGUGUUCUUAAAAUAAUGUGAUUUCAGUUCAAUUAAACAAUAAUUAUA